UCAGCCUGAGUUACUAAUCCUGUGUUUUUCAUCCCCACCCAAGCAAUCUGCUGUUGUAUGUUUCAGGUUUUCCAUGGGUGAACAAGCACGCUAGCAGCUUAGACUGCUGCCCUAGUGACAAUCCUAAGGUGUCUACGAAGAUUAACCUGUAAGAUAUAUUUUUCUCCUGUGCUCAGGAGGGCUUACCUGUCAGCCUUACCUUUCUGUGCAAUCCAAGAGACCUGUUUGCUACCAUUCUCUCUGUCUGUAGAAAUACCGUGCUUCGAAAACCUUUCUGCAGAGCAGCUUGGAUAUUUAAGGAUUGCAAUCUAAACCGUUCAUGUAUCCCGGUCUGUGUACAGGUAAUCUCAAUGCGGAGGGCUCUGUGAAAAUUAGUUUCAGAAAACAAUGACCUGACGAAGAGAGAAAGCUCAUUUCUCAAGUAUCUGGACAUGAAAACCGCAGGUUGCCUUGUGUAAGAAAGAGACACAAUGUCACAGAUUGUCAGUGUGAGCAAUAAACGUCACAGUCUAAACCUGCAGGGAGUGGAUCCAGAGACAUGCACCAUAGUGUUCAAGAACCACUGGGUCCAGGUUCAACGUAUUUUAGAGAAACAUGAUCCAUUCAAGAAUUCACAAAUCAAGUUUGGAGCAAUUUCUUCAGAUGAAAUCAGCGCUGUACAGAACUACGUGGAGCACAUGUUACUACUAUUAAUUGAGGAGCAGGUAAAAGAUGCAGCUAUGGGUCCUAUCUUGGAGUUUGUGGUUUCAGAAAAUAUCAUGGAGAAACUGUUCCUCUGGAGUCUCAGGAGGGAAUUUUCAGACGAGACAAAAUUUGAACAGCUGAAGAUGUAUGAAUUACUUGUUACGCAAUCUCAUCAACCCUUGUUACAUCACAAGCCCAUCUUAAAGCCUUUGAUGAUGCUAUUGAGUACUUGCUCUGGUACAUUAAGUUCAAACGUUGAAAUGGAACUGGUCGUCCUUCUCAACCAGCUCUGUUCAAUACUUGCCAAAGAUCCGUCUAUCUUGGAAUUGUUUUUUCACACCAGCGAAGAUCAAGGAGCUGCCAAUUUUCUUAUCUUCUCCCUGCUCAUUCCAUUCAUUCAUCGAGAAGGAACAGUAGGCCAGCAAGCCCGAGAUGCCUUGCUUUUCAUCAUGUCCCUUUCUGCUGAGAAUAUUGUUGUGGCUAAACACAUAGUGGAGAGCACUUUCUUCUGCCCAGUGCUGGCUACGGGGCUCAGUGGCCUGUAUUCCACCUUGCCCACAAAGCUGGAGCCUAAAGGAGAAGAAUGGAAUUCUCUCAUUAAAGCAGACUGGGUCCAGAUUCCUGCCUUAAUACAAUUCCUUAAUUCACUGGAGUUCUGCAAUGCAGUCAUACAGGUGGCUCAUCCUCUUAUACGUGUCCAGCUUGUAGACUAUAUUUACAAUGGCUUUUUGUUACCUGUGAUGGCUCCUGCAUUGCACAAGGUAACAGUGGAGGAAGUGAUGACAACUACUGCUUAUCUCGAUCUUUUUGUACGCAGUGUAUCAGAACCAACAUUACUCAAGAAUUUUCUUCGUUUUUUACUAAUGCACCAGCAUGAACAAGUCCACAUUCUGGAUACUCUGGUUAGCCGGAUCAACACUCCAUUUCGGCUUUGUGUGGUGUCCUUGGCAUUGUUCCGAACUCUUAUUGGUUUACAUUGUGAAGAUGUCAUGCUGCAACUCAUUUUAAGAUAUUUAAUCCCCUGUAACCAUAUGAUGGUCAGUCAGCGACAGGCUGUGAAGGAAAGGGAUUGCUAUUCUGCUUCUGCUGCUCGAUUUUUAGCCUUAACUCCAGAAUGCUGUUCUAUUAAUAAUUCCAUCAACUCUGGAAGCAGGGAAAAAAAUGACGCCCUUUUAUCAAAAUUCAGACACAAAACAGAUCCUGGUGCAUCUAAGGAAAUCUCUCAUGAAAGAGAGUCUACAAUUACUGAGGCACUCGAGGAGGACGUAGAUGCCAGCUAUCUUGAUUACCUAUGGGAGGCUCAUCAUAAUAUCCUUAAAUGUGUAGAGGACUGUAAAGUCUGGUCAGCCCCAUAUGAUGGACUAAACCCUGAUCCCGACUCCUCUCUUCAGGCCUUGCUUGAGAAUAAUUUAAGGAGAGGAGAGUUCCCCACAUUCAGGCGUGCUAAUAGAACAAACACGGGUUCCUUAUCAGAGACUAUGUCUUUGAGUGAAAGGACUCAGAUGGAUCUUGAAUGGGAUGACAGUUAUGAUACGGGGAUGUCUCCAGACUCAGGAAAUUGUUCGCCACAGCCUCCAGUGGAAGUCAGUGAUACUGCUUUACCUCCAGAACCCCCACUCCACAUUCAAGAGAUGAAAAGAAACGCUAUUAUGUUUGUUAAAGGGUCUUACAUUGAGGAUUCAGAUUUCCAGGAUGAUGUGAUGGUUUAUAGAUUAUGCGCUCAAAAAGAUGCCCAAGACACUAAUAUGCAAUUGGAAGAAGAUAAAGAUGCAUCAACAGAAGCACCUAUACAUGCACCCAAAAAGAACGAUCAACAUUCUCAGGGUCAUAAAGAAGAUCAAAUCAAUGCAAACAAUAAAAAAAACUCAAGUUUAAAUCAAGAAACUCAAAAUAAACUUGUAAAUCAAAAAAAUGAUAAAAAAGAGUUACCAAAGCUAGAACUUCAGCUUUCUUCCAGAGCGGAAUUUAAAUCUAAUGAGAAGAUAUUAAGUCCAGAUAGCGAGGAUUUCAUUGCCCGAUGUGAUGAGAUAAUAAAGGAUAUGAACCCAGCUCCACUGGAAGAAUGCAGCUCUCUAGUACCCAGCCUAGUCUCCCCAAUAGAAGACGAUGAAGAUGAGUUUGAAAAAUAUUCAAUGGGAACACCAUCAUCGGAAAGGGUACCAUCGCCCUUUGAGCCAAAAGAUCUCACUGUCUUUUCUAGCUACUCACCCAGGUCCCAGGCAAUACCCUUUACAGGACCAUUUAUCAGUGUAGUGCUAUCAAAAUUAGAGAAUAUGCUUGACAAUUCCUUGCAUGUAAACUUGUUGUUAAUUGGCAUAGUUACACAAUUGGCAACCUACCCACAGCCUCUCAUCCAGUCCUUUCUACUGAACACCAACAUGGUUUUCCAGCCCAGCGUACGGUCUCUAUACCAGGUUCUGGCCUCUGUCAAACAAAAAAUUGAACAAUUUGCUGCCAGGGAGCAGAAUUUCCCAUUGUUACUUACAGAAGCUCAACAAUACUUGUUUACUCGCAUGGAUAUAUCUUGUCAGCCUGUGGAGACAUUAACCAAAGAUCAUGCACUGACAACCAUGGGAGGAGAGACAAAAUCUAUAAACUCAGAGGUUUCACAAACUGUACAGCAAAAGAAUAAGGAACACCGAUCAAAGCCUUCACUCACUCUUUCUGGAGCACCUGAACCCACUAGGAAUGCUGUUCUCGCUGCUGUUCUUUUUCCAGAAUUCCUGAAGGAACUUGCAGCACUGGCCCAGGAACAUUCCAUUUUAUACAUGGCUGGUGACUAUUUUAGGCACUAGUCACUUUUAUUAUGCGGUUUAUAAACUAUAUUUUAAAGAAAACGUUUCCAUUUUUUUCCAUUAUAUUGGGCAGCACAUUUACUGCAAGCUGGUUGGUUGCAAGUACUUGAUACCUGUAAUACUUGAUAAACAAAAUAGGCUGUCUAAUUCCAUUUUCUUGGGGCGGGUAUUAUUUGUAUGUUGCUAAAAUGUUUGAUAUGUCCUUUCCUCUUGGGCCUUAGUUUUUUUGUAUAUUUGUAUUUACAGUAAGAAAUUUGAAUAGCCAUUCAAUGCUGAUAAAUUUCAGUUCAUUUUAUUACAUGCAGAACAGUUCAUUUGUUGUCUUUGUUGGAUUCUGCAUAUGC